AGUGCUUUGAUCCUUUUCACCAGUGCACCCACAUGUGGGUAGCAGCGUAUCUCUUUCUUCUAUUUGGCUCCACGUGUGUGUGUGGUGGUAGGACAUUUUUCAGUUUCAUCCAUCCGGAGCAGUCCAGUUAUUUGGCAGCAAUUACAGCACGUGCCGCAACAUUUCAAGCGUAGGAGGUGAAGAAAAUGCUGGACUCUCGUCUCGAUCCCGACGGUUUAAAAGUCCUGUAGAUGCAGACCAUCUGACCCAUUUGCCUGAAUUUGUUUUGAUUUUAUAAUUGAUUGAGGCUAAUGAAAAGAUGCCGAAAUCGGAUUUUUAGGCCAUCACACACAUUUAUUGGGUUUGUUCUGAAUUUUUGCAAAUUGCUUUGAUUCCAUUUGGGUUUGGCCCCUGCGACAGAGAAAUGGGUCGAUUAUUUCAGCACAACCCAACUAACACGGGCCGUGAAAAACGUGACUAUUUGGAAAUGGAUCUAUUGGCUUGAUCAGUUCAAGCCAAAGGUCAACAAAGUUGAGCGAUGGAUGAGGGACCGUCUCGAAUUUCUCCGCGGCCUCGACCAUCAAUUCGCCAACUUUCUCACGUAUUGGUCGGUAAACAUGGUGGUCCCUAUCUAUAGGAAAAUGCCAAAUUGUUGUAUGUGUAUGUAUAACAGACACGAACUUGUAGAGUUUCGGCCUUGUGUGAUGAGCCGAGAAUCUGAUCCCAAACAUAACCGAAUUCGAUCGCUGAAAAAACCUUGAACAAUUUUUCCCCCACACACGCAAAUGUCGGGUACUUGGAAGUUCAGUCGAUUGAAUUCAGGUCUCGGAUGAUUUUGUUUGUUUCCUCCUUGUGAAUCGAUUUAGGGUUAUGUAAAAUAAAAUCAGGGCAAAUACGAUUAUCGUGCAUUUCCCGUCAAUUGCGUUGCGGGUUGGUUGCUGGAUGAUAUCAACAGUUGACGGCUGAUGCUGUGCGCAUGUCCAGGCCAGUCUUAUAAAAGGGAGGCUGCAUCCAGAGAUGACGAUCAAACCCAAUCACGACUUUGCCCAGUUCUCCAACAUCACGCGCCAAUUUUAUUUCAUAUCGAAAAUGAAGGAAUCGUUGGGCAACAAAUCAGCGACGACGACCAACAACAAAACCAACAACACUGGAAAUAACAACAACCGAUUGUGUGUCACCGUUCUAGGAUCUACCGCCGUUGGCAAAACAGCGUUGACAGUUCAGUACCUGACGAGUCGAUUCAUCGGCGAUUAUUUCUCCGGGACCGACAUGACUUAUCACCACUCUUUCGCUUACAUGGGAGGAUCGCUGAAAACCAACGUCGACAUUCUCGACAUUUCACGGCCAUCCCGCAAUGACGUGAUUGGUGAAGAUGAGGAAAUGUUAUCGUCAGUAGUCGGCACAGAAAAGUGCAUGGCUUACCUGGUCGUCUAUUCGCUGACCAAUUCCAAAAGUUUCGAUCGAGCUCGUGAAAUCCUGUCCAGGUUACCUUUCCAUUCGCCGAAAUAUUUGGUGGCCAACCAACUCGACCUCCAACACAGACGACAGGUGUCGCGACUGGAAGGUCAAACCGCAGCCGAUGAAUUCGGUUGUCCAUUUGACGAAUUCUCAGCGGCCGAGCCGCAGUACGAAGGCCAACAGUGGGGAGUGAAAAUUGUUUUCCAAAAGUUGAUUCGCCAAUUGAUUUCCAAUUCGCACGUUCUUCCAUAUCCGCGGAUGAUCCGCUUUUCGUCCUUUUCGAAAAUGAUUGGCGCCAUCGUCUCCAAGACGCGCCACCACUCGGCCAAUUCCAACAACAAAUCGCAGCACCAACAGCAAAAGAAUUUCGCCAACCAGCACAACCGCAAAUCCUCCAUGUCUUCGUGCAGCGACAGGAGCAGCAACUCGAGUGGCAACAACAGCACCGGAAGUGUCGAUUCCAUCGCCACACUCACGCCCGACAUGAGUCUGUUGCACAUCAACAGCGCCCAUUUGAUUCACGGAGUGAAAUCUAAACCCAUUCCCAUCGUCCACCGAAAGCUUUUGACCAGCUCCAACUAUCCGUCAAGUCAAAUCGCCUCCAUAUGAAUUAUAUAUAUCGAUUUUAUUAUCAUCAUCAACAUUUCUUAUGACUGGCACAACCAAAAUAUCAUGCAAAAUGUACAGCUACAAUAUAUGUAUUUUGAUACAAAUUAUUUAUAUCUAUAAACUUUGAAUACAAAUUUUUUGAAAAGUUAA